CGUCUAUUAACUAUGAAUUCGUUCUGCCAGCGUUAAACGUAGACGAAAAGUUCUUACUUUUAAGAUAUUGCUUGUGUUUUGCUUGGAUUAUACAGUGGUUUUCUCCAUUUACAGGAUGUUCAGAAAGCUAAGACCUGUUCUGGAUCAUCGCAUGCCGACUCUCAGCAGCAGAACCGCGUUCAUGCUGCCGCUUGGAAACACAGCCAUCCCACGAAAACGCAGCAGACUGCGAGAGCUGGAGUUGUCUUCCCCACGCUGUCUCAAAGAGGUACACAUCAAAGUCAAGGCCGAAUUAAAAGCCACUUUGAAAAAGCUGCUCCGCAUAGAACGUGCGUAUUACGGCGAGCAGAAAACCAUCCACCAAGAAGUGGAAAGAUACGUCAUCCCGGUAAAAUCGGUCAUGAAAGGAGUCCUUCAUUUCGAGUGCAAUUCGUCGGCUUCCGUCGAAGGCGUCAUCAAGAUGGCGCACAACCCGACCCGGUACAAAGGCAAGCAGGAACACGUCGACCUUCUGAAGGAGGUGUACGCAAAACUGCAGAACUUCAUGCCAGACAAACUGACUGACGUCGUCAACACAUGCCACAAGCUCGUCGAGCUGGUGACGAAGUACUGCGUCAGCUUCUACGACGCCGAUUCGGAGAAUGAGGGCUACCUCGAGACCGCCUCCCACUACCAGGAGCAGAUAACCUCGUGGCAACGGGAGAUCGACGCGUGCAUGCACAGCGUGGACACGCUGUACAGAAAGUUCAAGUCGAAGGGAAUCCGGACGAGCCACCUGAGUCAGACGGUGGUGAACUUCGUCAACAACUACAACCUCGACAAGGUCCUCUUCCUAGUCCUAUUCCCCGACGCGUGCACCAAUCUAAAGAACGUGCUGGCCCUGCUGACAUCAUGGAUACAAACGGACGAGAACUAUCCAACUUUCAUUCGCAAUGACAUCACGGAUCUGGAAGCCAGCAAAGAGGACAAGAUCAAGCAGCUGCGCGAGGCGAAGCAGAAAUGUCACCUGUUGAUAUUCCGGACCAAUCAGCUGCAGGUGGAUUACAGAAAGCUGGAGACAGAGGUAAACAAUUUAUAUGAGAAAUAUAAAGCGCUGAGAAGCGCGGAAGAAAGUUUUAGCCAACAACUGAAUGACAUGGAGCUAGAGAUCGAAUUCAAGGAACACAGACGGGACGGUCUGAAAAAGGAGGAAAUCAACGCAGAAUUGACCACGGAAAAUUACGAGAUGCUGACGGCAGAUUUAAAGAAUUUGAAGGACAGGCUACCGUUUGUGCAGCGCCACCUAGCAAACCUCCGUUUCAAGUUAAACUGGAUAGAGGAGAAAAUUCACAGACUAAAAAAAAUAGCUAAAGACAUUGAUGCUCUGGGUAAGGAACUUGAAGAUGCAGAGACUUUGAAGAAACCUCUUGAGGGCGAAUAUUCAGAAAUUGAAAUGUCACUGACAAUUGCCCGCAGAAUUGUGCUUCUUAAGACUUCGAACGAUACAGUUGAAAAAUUGUAUUACUCCAUGCCCGUGGACACUAAAUUUGUUAAAAACAAAGGGAGUGCACAGGAUACCCUUCCGUUUGACCGCGUGUGUCGAGUGAUUACAAACAGUAUCGACAAAGACUGGGCUAACAUGUACAGGAACCUUCCCUUCCACCCAAAACGAGGCUCGGUCACUAUAGAACGCGACAUCCGGGACAUCACGAACGGCGACGCGCAUGCCAACUGCGUGGCGCGUGCUAAGCAGGCGUUCGCCAGGUGGCGCAGAUACCACACGCGCUGCAGAAUGGAGGACCUGCGUGAGACAUUACGUAAAAUAAAGCGUUUCGACAUUCUUCGCGCCGUUCACCUGGAGUUGAAUCCGCCAGUUAUAACGAUCGAGGAAGAAGAAGUUGACGAACAGACACCUCCGGUCCCACCGGAACUGUUACCUUUCUACGAACUGGGCGAGAGAUACGACAAACUUCAUGCAUUGGGCAGGGUUUGAACAAAGGUCCACCCGAACUGUUAACUUUCUACGAAUUGGGCGAGAGAUAAAAGCUUAAUGCCAUGGGCAGGGUUUGAACAAAGAUCGAGCGUCCGGUUUCACCGGAACCGUUACCUUUCUACGAACUGGGCGAGAGAUACAAGCAUCAUGCCAUGGGCAGGGUUUGAACAAAGGUCGAGCGUAUGAAGGCCUUGUGCUUAGCGUGUACUCAGUUCGUGUGACCCAUAUUCUUCACCGUGUGAACAGCAGCUACAGUGAAUAUAAGCAGAGCUAUAAAA